UAUUUUACACGGGGCGAGCGCUCCUACUCUUUGUCUUUAUGGAGCAGCAGCACUCAGGCUCAAUGGAUUUUAUUUAACCUUCGCUAUCUCCAGAUGAGUUGCAGCGAGAUAGUGUCUUCAUUUCUCCAGAGGCCCGGCCGGUUCAGCUGUAGCUCAAAGGAACACUGACUUCUGGCUGCCGAUUUGCGCUCGCGAAGCGCUGCAAACCUUGUUCGACUUAUUAAAAUACGCUCCGUUCAAGAAUCCUUGCCCCGGAUUUCUCUGCCCUCGAGGGCAUUGAAAUGUAGGUAGCGCUAUUAAAAAAGUUAGCAUUCAGUCAACAUCAAUAGACAUAAACUUGUCUUUGGUUGUGAGACAGCUCCCAGAGUGUAUCUGACUGAAAUAUAAUAUUAUUGAUGUUUUCUCCUCUUCGUAGAAGUGUAGUCUGACCCGUGGGCGACACGCGUUCUGCUGUUGCUGUGCUUAAUUGAGUGGCUAAUUGUUAGGGCACUCCGGGUUGUUGUACAGUUGCUGAUCACCUAAUGUUGCUCCUCUUUUGGAUAAUUGCAUAUCUGCCAUUAGCGGAUACUCUGGGUUGGUGUUGAGCGCAGCUACCACGGGUCCGCGUCGGUACCUGUUAGUCUGCUUCACUGAUCUGGAUCCUGAGCACCGGUCUCAGGCCCAUCUGCACAGGACCAGCACCAGUACCAGCCUCGCAGGGACCCGCUCUGUUGUCGCCUUCGUCUCCGCCUGCACUGUGGUGCAGCAUUUAAAUCGCCAGCUCGGGCCAAACAUCUGCACGUUGCGUGAAAGCCCCGACGGGACCCGGCGGCUACAGCCGUUUCAGUGCCUGCGUUGUUGUUCACAAGAGCCCUUUCUCCGAGUGUCGUCCUCAAACGGCAACUUGUGUCCGAUUGCACUGAAGCGAAGCCGGGAGGUUCGCUCGUGCACGUGUCCGCAGUGUUGCAGGGAACAAACCGGUGUGUGUGCGUGUGCGUGUGUGUGUGUGGACCGGUUCGUCUGUAGCGGUGCAGGCGGGGUCACAGAGGAUCCAUUGAUCAAGCGCGCACAUCCACACACAAACACACAAUGAGGCCUGUCCAGAGCGCCGCCCCCCCCCCCCCUCCCUCUCUGGUUCUGCGCUGCCUGGUCCUGGUGCUGCUCUGCAUCUCUCCCCACUGCCAGGCGGUGCAGGCGGAGAACGUGACCGUCUUGGAAGGCGGCACGGCCCAGAUCUCCUGCCGCCUGCAGAACUACGACGGAUCGAUCGUGGUCAUCCAGAAUCCCCGCCGGCAGACGCUCUUCUUCAACGGCACGCGAGCCCUGAAGGACGACCGCUACCAGAUGAUGCUCUUCACGCCGCGGCUGGUGCGCAUCACGCUGACCAACGUCAGCGUCUUCGACGAGGGCGGCUACUUCUGCCAGCUCUACACGGACGCCACGCACCACCAGGUGGCCACGCUGUCGGUGCUGGUGCCCCCCGAGACGCCCGCGGUGGAGGUGAAGCAGGAGGCCGUGGAGGGCGGCGAGGUGGAGCUCACCUGCGUGUCGCCGCGCAGCAAGCCGGCCGCCGCCCUCCGCUGGAUGCGCAACGGAAAGGAGAUUCCAGGUGUGGUGUCCCAGCAGGACAACGGGAAGACGUUCAGCGUGUCCAGCACCAUCAGGAUCCCAGUGGAGAGGAAGGACAACGGGGCGGCGCUGAGCUGCGAGGCCGUCCACCCGGCGCUGAGCGGCGAGAAGAGGGUCCGACACUACCGCCUGGACGUGUACUUUGCACCCACGGUGAGAAUCCUUCCUCCUUCUGGUAUUUUGCGAGAGGGUGAUUCGCUCAGCCUCACCUGCUCCGUCACCGGGAACCCUCUGCCCAGGAACAUUCAGUGGUCCAAGAUUAAUGACACCUUACCCGAAAGGGCAGAGAUCUCUGGCCCCAACCUCCAGAUCUCCCGUCUCAGCCAAUCACACAACGGGACGUACCUGUGCCAGGCGCAGAACAACUUUGGCCGCGCUGCCGAUCACUACACUCUGCUCGUGUAUGAUAAUGUGUCACUCGCUACCACGGCCCCUCCCACUCCUUCCACCACCCAACUAAUCACCUCCCAUCCUGCCGCCCCAUCCUUCCUCACCCCCAGCUCGGCCUCGGACCCGGAAGAUCCCAGUGCAGUGGUGGAGACGCACAGUGCAGUACCGUAUGCAGUAAUAGGUGGCGUCCUGGCACUUCUGGUUUUCACCGUCAUCUGCGUCCUCAUCGUCACCAUCUGGUGCUCCGUCCGACAGAAAGGUUCCUAUCUUACCCAUGAGGCCAGUGGGUUGGAUGAACAUGGAGAAGUGCAAGAGGCCUUUCUCAAUGGGAACGACGCAAGCCAGGGCAAGAAGGAGUACCUACUGUAGCCCGUCCCCUGUCUCUGACCUCAUCCCUCUCUCCCAUCCUCCCCCCGUCUCCCUUCUUAUAUACAGUAUAUGAAUACACACACUCACACACAAUCACACAUUUCUAUACAAUGUGCCAUAACAGGCCGGCCUUCUGAGAACGACUGUAAACAGAUACUGCACACAGCCCAUCCAUGCCGCUCCAUUUCACUUCCACAUGCUCCACUCGCUCACCUGUAAACCCACAGACAGAUGGAGAAAAAGAGCCGCCGACCCGUCCGCCGCUAACAAUCACGCCAUAUAUUAUAAGUCGGAGAAAACUGUGGAGAGAGCGAGGAGGGGGUGAGGUGAAUGUAGACAAUGGCGAAAUGAUGCCAUAAUUAUUUUGAUCAAGAGGGAAGCAGGGAGCACAAAGGAAAGCGGCACUCUGCCCGUGUAGCCGCCAAAGUGGAAGCGGGAAUUAGAGGCAGAUGACUGCUAUAAUUCCACGCCUGCAGAAAACCGUCCAUUUCACAGAACUCAAUCUUUAACUGGCAGACACAGCGGGAGCGGUGCGUUAGGGGGCGGGGGGCCGGGGGCUAUUGAGUGAUCAACACGAGAAAAUUAAAAUUUUAAACUUGCCAAAGCAUCGCGCCUAAAGAUGGCAGCUCCUCUUUAAUUCCCGAACGGCGCUGGAGUGGAUGCGGCCCGAGUCACAGGAAGUUCAGCAGCCUGAGUCUGAACACGACCACUGCCCCGUGUCGCUGUCGCUGUCGCUGUCGCUGUCGGGCCAGGAGAAAACUCAACCUGUAGGGAUUUUCCUUACUCUCUCACUGUAACAAUAAUACAAAGACGGUCCUUCUUUUUAAUUGACUGCUCCCACCCUCUCCCCACACUCACCCUUAUACAGUAUCGCUCUUUCUCUCCGUCUGUCCCCUUCUAUCACUCCUCCUUUGUUGCCUCCUAAGAAUGAAAGGAUUAGUGUUGGACUGACUUCCUGACAAGGAAAAAAGGGAAUAUGAGUUGCCGGGGCAUUAAAGAAAAGCUUAAUUAUUUAGAAUGUCAUUAAGAGGAUGAAAAGGUUCAAAAGUCCUAAUAAGAAGGGCACGAGGAGUGAUAGCAAAACGAAUGAAUGAGAAAAUCAAAGGGGUGGAUGUUUUUCUCUCUGAAUGCUACCACACAUAACACGCGGCCAUGCGUCCAGUAGACAUGUUGACAGAACACUAUACAUAUCUCCGAGUUCCUUAUUUGUAUAAAAAAGAACAGCAACAUAAAUUAAAUGAAACUUUUAAGAAACAAGAAUACAGUUUACUAUUGAAAACAUUAUGAAGCAACUAUAUACUAACACAGAAUAUUAGCCUAUAGAGGUGCAGCCGAACAAACUACUGUCCAGUGAUCUUUAAAAGAAAAAUGUAAAAAGAAUAAAAAAAAUUUAAUUUGUCUUUAUGCGAAACAAGAGGUCUUAUUGAUUUUUAUGAAUUAUUAUUAUUAUUUGAACAAUUAUGAUUGUUGUUACUGUUACUAUUAUUAUUGCUGUUGUUAUUAUUAUAAUUGUAAAUGUUAAAGAAAAUGUACACUUCCCAUAGUUUGUUUUUGUUUCUACUGUAGAGAAAUUGCUGUCUUUUUCCCUCCUUCUUCUCCUUCUCAGCCUCUCUCUCUCUCUCUCUCUCUCUCUCUCUCUCUCUCUCUGUCUCCUGUGCCUAGUUGUCUCUUCUCCUGUCUUUCACGCUUGUUUAUUUUAGAGUCCAUGUGUCAUUGUUGAUAUAUAGCUAACUAUUUCUUUAUAGGGGAAAGAUACAAAGCACGACAAAAUAAAAAAGAAUCCCAAAAUAA